CAAAGAGUCAUGUUCGUGCUCCAGUGGUCGACUUUGUGCGAGGCUGCGCGGGUUGGUGUUUUGAUUUCCUUUCCUUUUAUUCCACCCGAGUUUUACUUGAUCAAAUUGAUCUAGCACUUUUCUUCAAGCUUGUCACCUUUGCCAAACGUUCGAAUUGUACAUCUAUUAUAUCUAGAUCCCUCUCUGUAAAAUCCAGCAAACAUGGUCUUUGUUCCGCCAGAGUACAUGCCAAAGCUUCCGUUCGACCCUCCGGAGUCCAUGACCAUUGAAGAGUUCAUGAGAAAUGAAACAUGUGGUCGUCGACCUUUGGCCGAGAGCAGGAACCCCUUCACCUGCGGGUUGACUGGCAAGACGUACAGCAUCUCGCAAGUUCAUCAGCGGACCGACUUUCUCUCGAGAGCUUUGGGAAAGAGGAUGGGCUGGUCUCCCAAUCAGGACACACCGUGGGAAAAGGUGGUUGGGAUAUUCUCGGCCAACACGAUUGAUUAUCAAACCGUCGCCUAUGCAGUGCACCGGCUGAACGGUAUCGUGACGCCGGCCAACGCCGUAUACUCGGUUCCCGAACUGGCCCACCAGCUCAAGUCAUCCGGCGCCUCGGCCCUCGUUACCUGCGCGCCGCUCCUCGAGACGGCAUUGGCCGCCGCCAAGGAGGCCGGCAUAGCACGGGACAAGGUGUUUGUCAUGUGGAUGCCGGGGCCCGGGCCCUCGACCCCCAUCGUCUCGGUGGACGACCUCAUCCGUGAGGGCAGCAGCCUGCCGGAGCUGGAGCGGCUCAGGUGGAAAAAGGGGACCGGGGCACGCCAGACGGCCUUCCUCUGCUACUCGAGCGGCACGUCGGGUCUGCCCAAGGCCGUCAUGAUCUCGCACCGCAACGUCAUCGCAAACGUCCUUCAGUACAACACGUUUGACGCGCCCAACCGCGCAAAGAGGGGCGUCACCACGCAGGCGACGUUGGGGCUCCUGCCGUUUAGUCACAUCUACGGCCUGGUGGUUAUCUGUCAUGCCGGCACGUGGAGAGGCGAUGAGAUAAUUACUCUGCCCAAGUUUGAGCUGACGACCUUCCUCGGGGCGAUUCAGAAGUUUAAGAUUGCAACGCUUUUUGUGGUCCCGCCAAUCAUCAUCCAGAUGGUCAGGAACCACGAGAAGCUGAAGCAAUACGACCUGAGCAGCGUACACGGCGUCUUCUCCGGUGCAGCGCCCCUCGGCGAGGAAACGGUCGGAAGCCUCAACAAGAUCUACCCCAAGUGGGUCGUCACUCAGGGCUAUGGCAUGACGGAAACGGCAACGGCGGUGUCGGGCACCAGCGAGGAUGACAUUUACACGCGGUCCUCGGGCUCGCUCCUCCCGGGGGUCAAGGCUAAGGUCGUCGAUCCGGACGGCAAGGAGAUCACUCAACUCGACACGCCCGGUGAGCUAUGGCUCCAGUCGCCUUCGGUCACGCUCGGCUAUCUCAACAACGAGAAGGCGACGCACGAGACUUUUGUGUGGGACGAGGACGGCCGCUGGAUCCGGACGGGCGACGAGGUGCUCUUUACGCUGUCGCCAGGUGGUAAUGAGCACCUUGUCAUCUUGGACCGGAUAAAGGAGUUGAUCAAGGUCAAGGGACACCAAGUCGCGCCCGCCGAGCUGGAAGCCCAUCUCCUCGACCACCCGGCCGUCGGGGACUGCAGCGUCAUCCAGGUACCCGACGACCACUCGGGCGAGGUUCCCAAGGCCUUUGUGGUCAAGAACGCAGCCUACAGCAAAGGCAAGUCGGACAAGGACCUGGCCAGGGAGAUUGAGAAGCACGUCGAGGAGCACAAGGCCUCGUACAAGUGGCUGCGUGGAGGAGUCGAGUUCGUCGAUGAGAUCCCAAAGAGUCCGUCGGGCAAGAUUCUGAGGAGGCUGCUGCGCGACAGGGAAAAAGAGAAGAGGAGGAGUCAGGGCUCCAAAUUGUAGGGGCGCUUCCAUUUGGUAGGUAUCGAUCUUCGGGUCGUUGCCUUGACAGGUUGAUGAUGGUUGGGUGGAUUGGUACAAACCUCACACAGCCUCUUGGCCCAUACGUAACAUGGUUUCGUCGAUUCCUCGUUUGUACACACAUACACGAUUAGAUAUUUAGAUGUUUAUCUGGUGGUCUCGCUUCUCGAGGGUGAGGGUCGCGCUACUGAUUUUGUCACAAGUUGGACUUUUCUUCCUAGGUAGGUGUUUAACGGUCUCAUGGUAGCAUAAUAAUGCGUACUUGUGCAUAUUAACGUUAAUUAAUGCUUAUCGACUUGUUUCUUGGGG